AUGAUCGGAUCCGGGAGGGGUGAAAGAGCGGGCAAACAGGCCGACUCGAAGGCCAAAACAUAUGGAAUUGCGCGAAGACUCGAUCACCCAGAUAAAGAGAACAAUUGGGAAGUCUUCAUUUACACAGUUGCGGGGAAAGGGAAGGGGCGCAGGAAUUAUUUCAUUUUGGACACCACAGAAGAGAGACCCGCUGGCAGUGAUCUGGCCCCCAAAUGCGCGCUGACUGAUGGAAUAAUCGCUCUCCUUUCCCCCGAGCACCUGACGCCACUGCUUAAGCGGGGGUAGGGCCGGCUAAUUGGCUAAGCCCGGACAAACAUCCCGUGGUCAAAUCCAUGGUUAAUUUCAUGUUCCAUGGAUUGGAUUUUGUUUAUCAUGGCAAUUAAUUAAUUUACAAAGCCCAGAUACGAAAAUGCGUCAGUCACCGUAUUAACCAAGAUGGGAAAAUUAAUGGGGGUGAAAAUUACGGUAGCCAAAGAUGACAAACAAAUCACAGAGGAGACGAUACAGUGGUGACCAUAGGAGAGGAAAGUAAAGUUGAUCGAGUUUAUAAAAACCAGCCAAUGAAUUUCCGUCAGAACCCAAAAAACAACUGGAGACAGACAAAAAAAACAAAAGUCUAAUGUCCAAAUUCCUGCGCAAAAAAUUCGGCGCGGCGCGAAAUAAAGCCAUCUAGGGAUGGAGGCUGAAAUUCUGAACGAAAUUCCGGCCUCACGUGGCGUCGGCCGCUUCCAAACAAAACUUUCUGGUCAGAAGAGCGCUGUUUUUUCUUUGCGCGAGAUUCUGGCGGCCGGAGGAAUUGGUCUUGGCGGAAUCUUUUUCUUGGCCCGAAAGAACGAACUCCUAUCGGAAACAAGUCGCGCGUCUCUCUCGGAAUUCGGGAAGGAAACCCGUUUGUAAUGCAAUGCCCAAUACUAGUAAUGGCCCGAUUAAAGACCGUCCGUUUAUUUACAAGGGCCCCUAAUCACAAUUAUCUCCACCUUUCCACAAACAAACUGCAUUAAUUAAUCAUUCCAUUAUCGUAAUCCCUUUGCGCAGUUAAUCCGCUUCCGUGGUGGCCCACGCCCCGAGCAGAGCUUAGCAAAAUCUGGUUAUCAGAUACCUGACAUUGCAAGCAACCUCCAUUUUAUCAAUACUGUUCAUGGAAAGAGAGAUGAUUCAAUCAAAAGCGUUUUCGGAAAACGACCCGAAUGGAGGAUGACGUUUAAAAAAAUUAUGAAUGCGCAAGAAGCUUGCGUGACCCUCCCCGGAGAAGAUAUGAGCCGACCAUCGACGACGCCACAGACACAACAUGUUAUACUGCGCGGCCAAAACUAUCUAGAGGGCGGCCGUUUUGAGUGUUGGAAUGGAUUCGUGGAGGGGGGCAGGUGGGCGCAGGGAGACGAGUUGUGGCCACGGCCUGGCCAGUGCCAACCAAAGGUGCGCAAAGGGCUCUCGCGCACCUCUUCCGGAUUUAAGGUGUCCCCACGAAGACACCAUGCCAAUGCCCCGAGGGCAAAAAACUUCCCAGCACUCUCGCCCUCUACCUGACUGCGGGGCUCUUAAUUAGCGAUGAUGACUCUGCCAAUUUGGACCCCAAAUCCGGCAUUUUAGUGCGGCUUUCCAACUACCGUAAUCUCUGACCAGAGGGCAGGUAGGCAAGAGGGACGCGCAAUUCAACCAAAGUGGGCAUAAUUUGAAUGAAAAGCACUUAGUCUAUUCAGAUUGAAGAGACGGCCCUGAGGCCAAAAAUGGCUGGCCUUUCACCUGAAGUUCCUUUGGACGCGCGCAAUCUCACGCAUGGCCGCCAGCCGAAGGAGCGCCGCUCUUGGACGGCAAACCCCCUCAGGGCACGAAAAAAAUAAAGCUACUGAAUGAGGUCCAAGUGUACCUUUCCACGGGAAUUCCGCGCGCGCGUCUCUCUCCCGCCACGCACUUAACAACGCCGGGUCGUGCCGGUUUCUUGGGGCCGCUCAAUCGGCCUUUACACUUCAAGUCAAGCCGUGCCCCCGAAGAAGUUUGAAACGUCUGCAUUCCCAAACAAACCCUCAGCCAAGAACAUCGUCUCCCCGACGGCCAGGGCUGCGCAAGACCGCGGGAAGUGGCCCCAAACAAGGCCAAUGAAUCCCGAAAACGACUACAGUUCGAGCAGAAACAGAAACCCGUCAAACACACCGAUCGCACAAAAGGGACUUCUGGCAAAGGAGAGUCCGGGCCUCAGGGCGUACAACAAGCGUCUCCUUGUGACUAA